GCAAUGGAACUUAACAACCAGACCAUGGUGACAUAUUUUAUCAUUAAAGGGAUUUCGGAUGCCCCGGAGCUCCAAUUGCCGAUCUUCCUCCUGGUCCUUCUGAUCUAUCUCAUUACUCUUGGCGGUAACUUGACCAUUUUGCUCCUCGUUUGUCUAGACCGACACCUUCGCACUCCCAUGUACUUCUUCCUGAGUAACCUGUCCAUCCUGGACAUGUGUUCCGUCACCGUCACGUUACAUAAAGUCCUUAUUAUCUUUAUAACUAAGGAUAACACGGUCUCCUACUCCCCCUGCAUGACACAGAUGUAUUUUUUCGGCUCCUUGAUCUGCGACGAGCUGUUGCUCCUCACGGCCAUGAGUUAUGAUCGGUACGUGGCCAUCUGUAAGCCUUUGCAUUAUCACACGUCCAUGAAUGGCAGGGUGUGCGCCUCCUUGGCCAUUGCUUGUUGGCUGUUUGGGUUCGUCGAAGUUAUCCCUUAUAUCGAGUUAUUAGUAGGGUUCUCGUGUUACAGAUCCAAUAUCAUCAACCAUUUCUUCUGUGACCUCGUGCCUCUUAUGAAACUCUCUUGCAGCGACACCUAUCUUUUAGAGGUCUUGAGCCUCACAGAAGGUCUUCUCCUCAUUACCAUCGUGCCGUUUAUGUUCACCUUCAUCUCCUACGUUUUCAUCAUUAUGACCAUCGUAAGGAUCCGAACCAGCUCCGGGAGACUUAAAGCCUUUUAUACAUGCUCCUCACACCUCACGGUUGUCGUCCUCCUCUACGGGAUCCUCUUAUCCCAAUAUCUGAGACCAGUUUCCACAAAUACCUCAGACUCCAAUAGGUUCUUCUCGCUGUUUAACACGGCUGUUGUCCCCAUGCUAAACCCCCUGAUAUACAGUUUAAAAAAUAAAGAUGUGAAGAGGGCAUUAGCACGACGGCUGGGGUGUUAUCGAACUACAAGAUGA